AUGGCAGCACCUCUGACCAACAUGGACCGCGAGAGGUUCGGGCAUAUUAAGGACAAGGCAAUGCGGCAGCUUAGCCCUGAUAACCCGACGUGCUGCGACGCCGAGACUAUGGCGCUCAUGGUCGCAUGCCUGAAUCACCGGUACCGCGGCAAUAGUGUAUACUUUGCGCUUCUCGAUACGCCGGGCAUGGAUACAACGACAUCCCAAAUCCGGGACGUCGACAAGGUAUUCCUAUUUUACCACCACGGCAACAGCUUCUGGUCGGUGGCCUAUAUCGCUCGUCGGGUGCCGGAGGUGACCAUGUUUGACGGCAUCAGCAUGCUGCCCAGAAAGGUUGCCAAACAUGAAGAAUACAGCCUGCGAGACGACAAGGAGAGGAAGGCACGGAUGGACCGCUUGACUGCCGCUACAGAAGCCCACCUCAAAAACGUCGGCGAUUGUAUCAAUAUCCCGUUUUACGACAGUCCGAUCCUUGGAGACACAGACAGCGCUCAGUCUGGGGUGCUUUGCGUUGCGUGGGCCGAAGCGAAAUACAACGACCAGCCUGUAUAUAUGUCGUGGAAUAAAGAGAAACAGCUUGGUUGUUGGACUCCUACGACGGACAAUCUUGUGGAGGCUGAGCUGAAGCGGGGGGGUAGUUUGGCCUGGAUUGAUGUGCUCUAUCUCCGUGCGAAGACCGCCGACUUUGGUGUACUGGUCACGGUAUAA